AUGGCGCCGGCACCCAGCCAGGGGCAGGAAAACACUGCGCUGGAGAGGAUUGAAGGCACCCUCCGGGAACUAACCACAGCUAUAGCCACCAAAGCUGACCUGCAGGCCAUAACAGCCACCAUACAGGAAACGCUGCGGACGGAGGUCGCUGGACUCCGCACGGAGCUUGCAGCGCACGCGGGCCGCAUCGCCGCGCUGGAGGAGGCGGACACGGCCCUCACGGCCCGCGUGGCGUCCACUGACAUUGCGGUUGCCAGACAAGGCGAGAUGCUGCUCACCAUGCGCCGACACCUCGAGGAUGUGGAUAACAGAGGUAGGAGGUGUAACAUCCGCGUGCGUGGUGUCCCAGAGGCUGAAGGGGCAGAUGAUGUUCAGGACACCCUUCAAGAGCUUUUCCAUUUAAUCAUGCAGCCGUCCCCACCUCCACAGAUUGAAUUCGAGAGAGCACACAGGGCCCUACGACCCGGAGGACGGGCCGAGAGACCUCAUCUGCUGUCUGAGCUCUUUCCCGGUGAAGAAUGCUAUCAUGGUGAAAGCACGGGACCGCACAACCUGGUCCUUCAGAGGGGCACAGGUCUCACUUUACAACGACCUGUCACCUAUCACCCUGGAAGCCAGACGAGCUCUUCGCCCUGUAACAGCGACACUACGAGAACUUAA